AUGAUAGUAUAAUCUAAAAUUAAUUUGAUAGUUAAAUUUACAAUUUUUUAUAAGAGAAGACUCUAACGUAAGGAAAUAACCUACAUAAUAAUCUUUAUUUUAUAGAUAAUUUGUAUUUCCCUAACAAAAACAAGUGUUUGCAAUAUGUAAAAAUUGAGAUCAUAAAUAGCUUUUUCUAUAUUGUUAUUAUAUUGACCAUAGUAGAUGUGUUGAUAACGAUGUCUAUAAUUGUCUAUUAUGGUAGAAAAUUGAAAAAAGUUUUGGUUUAUGCAAGAAAUCGAUUCUCUUCAAAUAAGAAUGAUAUCUCCUAACAAUUUGUUCACCCCAACAUUGAAGCUGAUCUGCCCAAAGAAAAGAUUCGUUAAAUAUAAGUUGUUGUAUUUUCAAUUGCAAUUAAUACGAUACUCUACAUUAUCAUAAUUAUAAUACUUUUUUGGAGUGACAGAGAUCUGUUAUGUGAUUUUGAGAAAGACGAUAUAUUAGAUGUCAAAAAUAAUAUCUUGAUCUUAAUAUUCACAACGACAUAAUUGUUUCCUUGUUUUAUUGUUCCUUACGCAUUUAAUUAUAGGCUUAAAGAAAAUACAUUUAAGUAAAUAAAACUCAUAUCUCUUUUAGUGAUGAUGGAUUGGAAUUCACUAGAGAACGAGCAGCAUCAUCCAAAUUUUAGAUCGAAGAAAACAACGAUUAAUUUGUACAAAGAUUGACAAGGGGAAGAGUAAGAUAAGAAGAUGAAUGA